AUGGCGCAACUCCUCCUCGAUCUCGUCACCUCCUUUGGCAACUGCCUGAGCUGCUUCCCCGGCUCGCCCACCCUCAAGAUCAACAAUCGCAGUUUCAAGAUCUUGCGGCUGCUAGGCGAGGGCGGCUUCUCCUACGUCUACCUCGUUGAGGACACAUCCACACAGGCGCAAUACGCCCUCAAGAAGAUCCGCUGUCCCUUUGGCGCCGAGUCGGUCGCCCAGGCCAUGCGCGAGGUCGACGCCUACCGCCUCUUCGGCCGCACCCCGGGCAUCAUCCACGCCGUAGACCACGCCGUGGCCUCGGAGCGCGGCGGCGGCGGUGACGACCCCGGCGCCAAGACGGUCUACGUCCUGCUGCCCUACUACAAGCGCGGCAACCUCCAGGACCUCAUCAACGCCAACGCCCCCGGCGGCGGCGGGCCGCCCUCGUCGUACGCCCUCCGCGACAUCAAGCCCGGCAAGAUUAUGAUCACCGACUCGGGCAACGCGCCCAUCCUCAUGGACCUCGGCUCCCUCGCCGCGAGCCCGCUGCCCAUCACGUCGCCGUCCCUGGCCCUGCAGACCCAGGACACGGCCGCCGAGCACUCGACCAUGCCCUACCGCGCCCCCGAGCUCUUCGACGUCCAGACCGGCGCCGUCAUCGACACAAAGGUCGACAUCUGGUCCAUGGGCUGCACCCUCUACGCCUGCCUCGUCGGCAAGUCCCCCUUUGAGGCCCGCUCCGACGAGACGGGCGGCAGCCUGUCGCUGUGGUCCUUCAACGGCGACUGGCGCUUUCCCGACGAGGGCGUCCGCGGCACCGCCACCGGCGCCAUGAGGGCCCAGGUUGCGGCCCCCGCCGCCGCCGCCGCUGCUGGCGGGUAUGGGCUGAUGAACGCACACUCCGACCGAGCGGCGUAG